AUAAAGAUAAUAAACAAGUGAUAAUGAUACAGACGGUAUCGGUGAACAAAGCAAACGAUAACAUUAGCCAACAAAAACGCCAGGAAAUAAAAAGAGAAAUUAACAAAAAAUUUCCGCAACUGAAUCUGUUGGCACUUUUUCCAAAAAGAUAUACAUAUUAGUACACGCCUGUCUACCCGCAGUCUACAAUUAAUUGAAUUGGCGCAAUACUACGCUCAACUGCAGUUUCCAUGCAGCUCAAAUAUCACUGCCAUCUAAUAACUGCCGUCGGCAUGCACACCACGCGACAAUCAGUAGCCUAUAUACGAAGCCGGACUUCGUCGAAUGCGCAUACAAUGUUGUUGCCCGGUUCCGUUUGCCUGUUAUCAGCCCAUUUAACAAGAGCUUUGUCGUCAUUGCGUUUAUUAGCGCCGACGCCGUUGUUAUUGUGUAAUAGAAAUUUUAGCAUGAAAAAUAAAAAUAUUUGCACAAUUGACAGUUCAUAUCGCGAGUACAGUAAAAUUCGUUGUUUUAAGUACGUUGUCUCGUCUCUUUCACAUUUGCAACAACCCAUUCAGCUACUAAGCGAUUGUCAACGAGUGCAAAAGCGAACGCAAACGCGUUUUAUUUCAACUACAAGUAAAUUGUUUAAACGAAAUUCGGGUGGAAAAGACAUGGAGGUGCCAGAGGGUGUAUUCUGUGGUAGCGUUGAUCGCUUCAAUGGUGUGCUGGUGGACUCAGAAAAGGAAUACGAUGAAGCCACAGAUUUUGAAAAGAAGCUAGAGAAAUCUUUAGACCACUGGAUUUCCAUUAAACGGCGCGCCAUAUGGUUUACAUUACGGAAAGAACAUGCAGCAUGGGUGCCACAUUUAGCUAAGGCCGGCUUUGUAUUCCAUCAUGUGGACACUACCUCCUCCUCGCUUGUGAUGUAUCGCUGGCUGCCAACCCACGAAUCUGCCAAUAUACCAACAUUUUGCCAUACAAUGCUUGGUGUUGGUGGACUUGUUGUCAAUGACAACGAUGAAGUGUUAGUUGUUAGUGACCGUUAUGCAUUAAUCGCAAAUAGUUGGAAAUUACCUGGUGGUUAUGUGGAGCCCGGUGAGGAAAUAGUAAAUGCAGCUAUACGCGAGGUGAAGGAGGAAACCGGUAUCGACUGUGAAUUCCGUACCGUUAUUAGUAUACGACAUUCACAUGGCGGAAACUUUGGCUGUUCAGAUAUGUACGUAGUUGUUGCUUUGAAGCCACUCAAUCGUGAAGUACAUAAAUGCGAGCGUGAAAUCGCUAAGGCACAAUGGAUGCCGGUUAAGGAAUAUUUACAACAUCCUGACGUGCACGAGACAAAUCGUCACUUUAUGCGCACCUAUUUGGAUUAUAAUAAACGCAAUAUACGUUUUACAUAUGAGCGCGCCCAACAUCGUGUGCUGAAACGCGAGUACACAUUGUUCUAUAUGAAACCGGUGGAGGAGAAAAACGAAAGUUGAGCCAAGUAGUGAAGUUUUUUAUGCGUAACAGCACUUUUCAUCCUUCAAAAGAAAAUUUAAAUUUUUGAGGUUAUGUAGUGUAUGAUUUUUAGGCAACGGAAAACGCAGAUAGACCAGUGAACAUACAACUGCUUUUUCUAGUUCGUUAUAUAGUUAAAUAUAAUAUUCCACAAAGUGGCCUUUCAAAAUAAACUGAAAUAGAUUUGAUUACACAAUAAAAAAAUUACGAUGUGUAAGUGAAAACUGGUACAAAUAACUUUAUCGAAAGUUAACUUAGCUCAAUUAAACUAAAAAUAAUACCCAAAUUGUUACAAGUAAAAAUAAAAUCACCUUCGAUAACAUGCACCAA